ACCAGCUGGUUACCUUUCUUGUUGACCUGUGCCGGAACGCCGGAAGCCAGUGGUGCCCAAGACCAUGCUUCAAAAGACCGAACUCCGCAGCCAAUUCAACAAGCAGAGCAGCUUGUUGAUGGUAUCGCUAUGAAUUCCAUGUCUUUGAAGCCCAAUUACCAAUUUGGCCACACCGAAUAGCCUCUCUCGCAGUCGGCUGACGUGGCCGGGAUCGAGAGCAUGUCAAAAGCCAGACAGCGUGUCGAGAUGUACCGCCUUGAGGGUAACAGGCUGGCUCGCGAGCGUCAGUACAGGCUCAUUCCCGGGAGGCGGCGGCGAUGCCAAAAGGAGGAAAGACCGGGGCGGCAUUCGAUCGAGCCUGGCGAGAGCCUCCCAGGAAAAUGCAGCCUUUCGGCCCUGGAAAUCCAGAUUUUCAUGGCGACGGAACUUGCCGGCCAUGCCGAACGGAUGGUACAAGCGACCAAGAGACCUCAUCUCGAGGAGCUGGGACAAGCCCUUCAGUCGCGCGACGGAUUCGUUGCUUGGCUCUCGCGGUUCCAGUCCAACAUGCCCAAGGAGAUGGGCCCUCGAUACAUGUGUUUCGGGGAGCGGCUAGGGACGCCAGCCCCAUCGCAGCAUGCUCUAGUGCUGCAUCGCAGCAUGCUCUAGUGCUGUCGCGCCCAAGUGGCAGUGGCAGAGACGAGGUUGGUUGGGCUGAUGUUCUGGUCGUUGGAGAGUUUUGCCCUGAUGGACUGCCAUAUCGAACCAGGUUUCUAGAACUUUGCGGCCACGCCAGAGCCGUGUUUUCCUACCAACCUGCUCGUCUGUUUCUUCACAGCUUCCAUCUCUGCGGAGGGAAGAUGGAGCUGUGGGUGUUUGACCGAUCUGGCAUCUACAGCUGCGAGGCUUUCGACAUGGCCCAGGCCCUUGGCCGCUUCGCCACAGUCCCGCUUGGCUAUAUGUUGAUGGACAACGUCGAGCUGGGGGUGGGCGGCCUGAUCAAGGAGGACGGCUAAGGCAAGUACAUGAUCCCACGUGGAGAUGAUAAGGCCGAAGUGGAGCGAUUUGACUUGG